UUAUGUUCCAUUCUCUGACUCGCCAUUGUGUCUGUGCCUCCCACCAUUUCCCUGGUGGACACUUGUGGACAAAUGUAUAAAUAGGGGGCGCCGGUUAAUUUGGAGGAGCUCCCAACCUUUGGACAAGGGAUUUAUUAUGGCCUCGUAAAGCAAAAAGCAAAAGCCCUGAAAACAGACCUGCUCUAAUAGUGUUGGAAUAAGUCUUGUCUAAAGAUUCGAACCCACGUCUUAGAUGUUAUGACAAGAUGACCACCUGUUACCUGACUUUCUUAUCAUGUCUCCUGGUGUGGAGUCUGACGUUAGCCAGUGUUUACCAUGACUACUGUAUUGUAGGAGGUGGACCUAGUGGACUUCAGCUGGGAUACUUUCUGAAGACAACUUCAAGAGAUUACAUUGUCUUUGAAAGAAGUAACAUAUCUGGCAGCUUUUUCGAGCUCUAUCCACGACACCGGAAAUUAAUUAGUUUGAACAAACGCAACACCGGGAAAGUCAACAAAGAAUUUUCUCUCCGUCACGACUGGAACUCUCUUCUGUCAGACGAUGACGACCUGUUGUUUACCAAAUAUUCCAGAGAAAUUUUCCCACACGCAGACCUACUGCUUCAAUAUAUGAAUGAUUAUCAGAGAAAACUGAACAUCAAAGUCCAGUUCAAUACCAAUAUUCAGAACAUCCAUUCUGUUAGCAAUCACACAGCACCGGAUGGUCACGUGUUUACAAUGAAUGACCAGAAUGGGCAGGACUAUGUUUGCAGGACGCUUAUCAUGGCCACCGGAGUAUCGACUCCUAACAUUCCACAAAUAUCAGGUAUCGACUAUACAAUAGGUUACGAGUCCAUGUCUGUAGACCCAGAAAACUACGAAGGCAAGACAGUACUUAUCUUAGGUCGAGGAAACUCAGCAUUUGAGAUAGCGGACAGUAUUUAUGGUCAUACCAACUUAAUACACAUGUUGGGGAGAUCUCGUGUCCGGCUUGCUUGGUCUACCCACUAUGUUGGCGAUGUGAGGGCGGUCAACAAUGCUUUGCUGGACACCUAUCAGCUGAAAUCAUUGGACGGCCUGUUCGAGACACCCUUGGAAGCUAUCACACUGUCGAAACAGGGCCAGAAGAUUCACUUGCACACGACAUACUUCACCAACGAAAGAGAAGACAACUCGGACUUGCGCGCGGGAUACGAUGUCGUCAUCCGGGCACUCGGCUUUAAAUUUGACACGUCGCCAUUUUUAAAUACUUCCAUAACUCGAGGCAAGGGACGAGCACAAAAAUUCCCAGCCAUCUUUAACAACUACGAGUCCAAGGAUCUCAAAGGUUUGUUCUAUGCCGGCACUGCUUCCCAUUCUCUGGACUUUAAAAAAUCUUCUGGUGGAUUUAUACAUGGAUUUAGAUACACUGUCCGAGCACUUCACAGACUGCUAGAACAUAGAUAUGAAGGCGUUCCAUGGCCGUCACGAGAUGUUCCAUUAACACAACUAGUGAAACUUUUAGUCAAGCGAAUCAAUGAAGCCGCCGGCCCUUAUCAAAUGUUUCAGAUGCUUGGCGAUGUGAUCAUAUUUUCGGAAGAUGGUUACAGCAUCAAAUACAUUGAAGAAUUUCCCGUUCGCCUCUUGCCUCAGCUGCCCGAGCACACUGGACACAAGGGCGCGGCCUAUCUCGUCAUGCUCAUGGAGUAUGGGCACAACUUCUCCGGCCCAGGCAAUGAUGUCUUCCGGGAGAGCCGCGCAACUUUAGAGCCGUCCGAAGCCCACACAUCAAACUUUCUUCAUCCUGUGUUCUAUUUCUACAGCUCGCUGCCCACAGAGUCAAUGAUGAACUCUAAAUCGGAUGCCGAGAUCCUGCCACGCCCAGACUUUAUUCAUCACGUCGUUGAAGAUUUCUACACAGAGUGGGACCGCAGUCACAGCCACUUACUUCCACUCAGGAGAUUUCUAGAACACGUUCUGGACACGGACUUAAGAACUUUUUAUUCAGAGUCCUGUUUCCUUCUCUCCAUGACUCGAGACCGUCUUCCCGAUUUCUGUGACUCUAACUACUUACAGGGGGCGGGGCUGUUUGGAACGAGCCAAUUAGUAAUGUCGUCCAUAUCACGUGGACUAAUGACUUUGAUCUAAACAAAAACAAUCCUUUCAGAAGUACGAUUUUUUUAAAACAAAUAGUUGCAUAAAUAAAUAUUUGUAAAAAGAAAUGGCUACAAAGAUUGGAAAAAACAACAACAACCAACACUUGUGAAAAUAGAAAUGUUUGUAUGACAACACUCUCUCCCCUCUCUCUCUCUCUCUCUCUCUCUCUCUUUGUGUACGUUUGUAUGCAGGCUUAGGUAUGCAUAUAUAAUAUAGAGAAGGAAACAAAGAGAGAGAAAGAAAGAAAGAGAUAAAGAAAAAGAAAGUAUAAGAAUAGCAGCACAUAUAAAAUUUAUUUUUUGUGUUAUUGCAUUGAGCAUGUAAAUAUGAACUAUUGAUAGUUAAACACAGCCAGCACUCUUAUAGAAUAGAGACGUUACUUCAAACAAGAAUAUGAUAACGUCCUACUCGAUGGCCUCGACUAGCAAUAGAAACUAAAAACUAGGAUCAUUUGUGAAAUAUAUUCCUAAAUAUUUAAAACUAGAAAUGUUAACUGAAACAAAAGUAUAGUGACCCAAUGCACUAUUAGUAGUUAUGACUUAUACUUAUUUUCAGCUAUUCCUAACAAAACGGUAAUUGGAAGAAAAAAAGCCAUUUAACUUGUAAAAAAUCUUUCAGACGUUAUCCUAAAAAUAGUCAUGAAACAUAAUUUGAUGCGUCAGUUUUUCUCAAUUCACACUUGCAGAUUAUUAUUUCGAUUUUAAACAAAGAGAUUCCUAUCACGUCAUUGACUCUAAUCUAAAUCUUGGAAUUCAUAAAUUCUUUCUGCUGGACAGAUGUCUUUGCUGGAUGUACACAUUUGUACAUGAAUACAUGUAAUGAUUUAGACGAAAAGCAUUUGCGGUAUAGAAUAAGUUUCCCUGGAAGAGAGUUUUCUCUAGUUUAAAAACUCAACUAAAACCAACAAUUUAAAAAAAAUUACAAAUUAUUGAAAAAAGUCUUAUUGAUGUAAGUUAUGAAGUAAGUAAUGAGUUCUCCAUAGGAGACUUUUAUACAUGGCGGAAACAAAAACUAUAAAUAAAUAAAAGCAUUUUAAAUGCAUAGAUUUGUUUUUUAAGAUUCCCAAAUUUAAAAAAAAAGUUAAACUGUUUUUAUGUCCUUAUUUUUUUUUUCAAUUUCCAAAUUAACUAGAAUUGCAUCUAACCAAGCAUGCCUAUUUCUUGAGAAACGUCCAUUCAACCAGAAAGAUUUUAAGUAAUUAGAAAAUAUAGACCAACGCUUGCAAUGGCGUAGCCAGGGGAGGGCUUUUGGGGCUCAAACCCCUCCCCCCGAAAUGAAACCCCCCCUGCAGGGGUUGGAACUUUGUGACUGAUUUUUGCUUUUAUUUUUUUUUAUUUUUGGUGAGAUUUUAAUAUUAAAUAAUCACUUGCCCCAGCGCAGCUAAGGUUUUGAGUUAAAAUCCCCUUCCAGGGGUUUUGCGGUUUAAACACCCCUCUUCUAUAAAACAAAAAAAUUAAUGCAAACGACAAUUCCCAAAUUCCAUGAGCAUAUCAAGGGAGAUUUUAAGUUCAAAACCCCCUCCGAAAUUUUUUUUACGAUAAAACCUCCUCUUCAAAGUAAGACUAACGCAUACAUGUCACCAGAUUCUUUGAGCGUAGCCAAUAGUGGUUUUGUGUUAAAAAAAAACCUCCAGCGGGGUUUAAAGUUUAAAGCUACAAACCACCUCUUCAAUAUAAAAAAGCAAACUACACAUUCAAAUUUCUAUGAGCGUUGGCAUGGGGGGGUUUUGAGUUUAAGCCCCCUCCUUCAAAUUGUUUUGAGCUUAAAACCCCUCCAGAUGGUUUUGAGUUAAAAUCCCCCUACAGAUAGUUUUAAGAUUGAAAAACCCCUCAUCAAUAUUAUUCUAAAGUAAACAAUAGUUACCAAAUUCUAUGAGCGUAGAUAAUGGGUUUUGAGUUUGUUUAAAAACAAAUCCAGAGAUUUUUUAGCUUAAAUCCCCCAACAGAUGGUUUUGACUAUGAAAAUUCCCUUUCGAUAUAAAAUCUAAAGCAAACUAUAGUCAGGUUCGUAGCCAAGAGAGAUUACACAUUUCUAUCAGUCGCUGGGCUCCAUUAAUAAAGUGCAAUGAAUAGCAUAGAAGUCAUCUGCCGAAAUUGAAAAAAAUACUAAAUGUGGCUCAAUAAAGAUGGCUAAGACGAAUUUUAAGAGUCAGUUAUAGAGAUCGGGUCUCAAUCAAGGAAAUCCUAUGCCGAACUGGGAGUCAACCACUUAGUGAGGUUGUGACAGAGUGUCGCAUGAGGUUUACGCACACCAAGAGUUGCGAUGACAUCUAGGUCCUAAGCAAGAAAAGAAGAUUAGGUUUUUGAACUGAAUUUUUUUUUAAAUACCUGUAUAAUGCACUGUAAAUACCUCAGAAUAUGCAUUUUUUUUAAAUACGGGAUAUAGUGCCUGGCUUCGGGGCUACGCCACGAACCCCACUGUGGGAGCUCACAGCGCCCCCCUAACCCCAUUGCUGGCAAGGGCGGGGUGUCUACAGUUUUUUACUAACUCCAGGAAGAACCUAUUUAGGGUACAAUAAGCUUUCGAAAGAAUGAAGGGUCAGAAUGUAAUAAAGAUUAAAGAUUAAUUAUGUACACUCACUAAUAUAUAUAUAUAUAUAUAUAUAUAUAUAUAUAUAUAUAUAUAUAUAUAUAUAUAUAUAUAUAUAUAUAUAUAUAUAUAUAUAUAUAUAUAUAUAUAUAUAUAUAUAUAUAUAUAUAUAUAUAUAUGGUCUCCCCCCCCCCUUAAGAAAAAGGGGGGAAUCCCCCCCCAAACCCUCCCUGAAAAAAACUCUUGGCUACGACCAUGACCGCUUGCAGCUGAUUCUGAAGUUUUCAAUAAACGCUCCUGUCGAUAUGUCUGCUAGUAAAACCGAAAUCAAUGCUAACUCUAAAGAACAAGAUCAAUGUUUGAGAACUUGUUCUACAAUAGUUUUAGGAACAUACAACAACACGAGCUCAGAUGAAAUGUCUGUAAUGAAGAAUUCUAGGUGUCUACGUAUUAUGUGUGUCUGAAAAUUCUAGACCUCGUCAAAUAAAGUUCUAGGCCCUGUCUAAUAAAGUUCUAGACUCUGUCUAACAAAGUUCUAGACCCUGUCUAACAAAGUUCUAGGCCCUGUCUAACAAAGUUCUAGACACUGUCAAACAAAAGUUCUAGACCCUGUCAAACAAAGUUCUAGACCCUGUCAAACAAAGUUCUAGACCCUGUCAAACAAAGUUCUAGGUCCUAACAAAGUUCUAGACCCUAUCAAACAAAGUUCUAGGCCCUGUCAAACAAAGUUCUAGACCCUGUCAAACAAAGUUUUGGGCCCUGUCUAACAAAGUUCUAGACACUGUCAAACAAAGUUCUAGACCCUGUCAAACAAAGUUCUAGACCCUGUCAAACAAAGUUCUAGGUCCUAACAAAGUUCUAGACACUGUCAAACAAAGUUCUAGACCCUAUCAAACAAAGUUCUAGGCCCUGUCAAACAAAGUUCUAGACCCUGUCAAACAAAGUUUUGGGCCCUGUCUAACAAAGUUCUAGGCCCUGUCAAACAAAGUUCUAGGCCCUGUCAAAAAAAGUUCUAGAUUCUGUCUAAUGUUGUUUUCUUUCUCACACAUACUAUGCUAACAUCCAAUUGCCCUAUUUUUGUUCUCUCUCUCUGUGUGUUGCAUCUAGUUCUUAUGUACAUAUUCCAUGUGGUAGUGCCUUUCAAUACUGUCUUAUGGUGUAAAUAUAGUUUAGUGAGGGAUUCAACAGAAUAGGAAGAGUCUGCUCACAAACUUGAGGUGUCAAAUUAUCUGAAAAAGACUAUUAGAGUACAACCAUCCAACUGAGCGACCUUGUUGUUUCAUUCACCUAGUUCCGGUGAACGGGAACUUGUUAGUAGCUUUGACACCUUCACACCUAGGUCAUAAAUCGUUGACCCAGUGACUAGUUAACUCUGCAACAGACGUUUAAUUGUUUAGGGAUGCAGCCCUCUGAUGUUUAUCAACUGGUCACGACUUAAAAAAGAACUCUAGAUCACACCUGUCGCUGUGGAUGUGUUUAGUUUAUCAUUAGGCUAAACAUUUGUGUUGUCUGUGUAUCCGGCUGUGUGCAAUUACACAUGAACUAAGCAUUACAUUGAACUUCUGUGUGCUAGUAUUGGGUUCUCAAUACUUAACGUGUAUUCUGUUUGGCUUUAGAAGAUUGUCCUUUAUCUCAUAAAUGAGAGUUUAAAACAUAAAAUAAAAAAUGCGUCUGUCAAUGUCAUGUAAUAGAUGUAGAAAUGUUUGUAUAGGUUAGUUUCGCUUCAUCUCAUUCAAUUAUGACAAUAAACUGAAUAAAAUAAAAUAUUACUAUCAGCUGU